GCUAUCGCCCAGUUGCCAGCCUUGAAAUGGCGGCCCAAUACAGUCGAAUACUAGAUCUGGCAAAGGUCCAGUGUCGGAUCUUCUCACUGAAUUUCAACCCCGAGAGACUACGGUUGGGAAACAAGGUCUUACGGCAAAGAUUACGUGGUCCAAGUCUUGCAGCAUGGUACCCCAAGAAGACAGUUUCUUUCCGGGAUUUGCAAGCCACGUACAAGCCUCUGGGAUUGACGAUGUUUGAUGAAAGGGAGGAUGAUAGGGAAGAGGCUCUUCAAAUUGCCAAACUGCGAGGGAAAGGCAGGCCGAAGAAGAAGAGAACAGCUGCAGAAUCGCGGUCAGCCAAGAAGAAGAAAUAGAUUGCUUCUUAGCGCAAAACGCAGACUGCCGGUUAUGUUUGAGAAAAUGGUCUUCCUCGUACAAUGAGUUAUUGUAUAGGAAUAUCAUGGACUAUCUUCGUUGGCAUAAUGUAUCUGUUGGCUCGAUUCUCACAGAACAUCGAAAACACGCGAAUCGUGGAGAUCUGCCUUGUGGGCGUUGGGUUAAUACAAUAAGGAUGUUCAGUUUGUUCAUGGUAAUCUCAGACCCAGAAAGCAUAUUCGUAGGUUUUUUCACAGCAUAGAGGGAUAUAGCCACUGGGUAAAUAGGUCAGUCAGG